AUGAAUAUAGAGAAGAAAAGGAAUAUUUUUUUAGAAAAUUUUAGACGAUUGAUUAAAGAAUCAUUUUUCCUUUCCCAAAAAAUUAGAAUACGUUAUUAUUAUAUGGAUUGUUUAUUAUUUUAUGGUCUGAAGGAGGUAAUAGAUAAUUCUCAAAAUCCAUUGACUAGGACAGGCAAAGUUUAUAAAACAUUCCCAAAUAGAAAAGAACUUUGGUAUAACGAUGCUUCCGAGACUGACGAAAAUAUUUUUGUCAAAAUAUUUGAGACAAAGGCAAAAAUACUGAUUGACUCAGAAACACCUAUGGCAAUUGUUGAAUUAAUUGAAGAAGUUAAAAAUGAAAGGAAGGUAGUGAAAGAGAUGAAUGAUGAGGAGUUUAAAAAGAAAUGGAAUGAAGCAACAAUUGACGAGUUAAAAUACAAUCAUGAUAAAGAUGUUGCUCAAAAAUUAAAAGUGAUAAGAAGUGAACAAGCAAAGAUUUUGAAAGAAAACUUGAAAGAAUUAAAAGUUAAAUAUGAGAAAAUUGAGAAAGAACUAAAAGAAUUUAAAACCAAACGUAACAAUUUAGAGGUGUCUAUAAAAUUGAAAGAAAAAAUAAACGAAAGAGAUGAAAUGUCGAAAAAAAUAAAAGAAAUUGAAGACAAGAACUAUAAAGAAUCGAAAGUAAAAUUAAACACGAUAGAAAACGAACAAAAGAAGAUAUGGGAAGAAAAACUUGAAAAGAUAAAAUUUGAGAAUGAACAAAUUUUGAAAGAAAGCAUGGAAAUUAAGCGCAAGGAAAUGCUGGAGAAAUAUAACGAUUUUAUUGUAGAAUUAAUAGAAAUGUGGUUUAGAGUUGUUUUUUAUCAUGUUUAUGAUAAAGUAUAUGAAAAUGAUGCCAAAAAGAAGAUAACAAUUAAGAUAAUUAAGGAAUCGGAAAAAGGAAAAGCAAGUACUAGUAGUAAUAUUAAAACUAUUCAAGAUGAAGAAGAUGUUCUUUAUUUUAAUAAAAUUACAUUAAUUAAAAAAACAUUUUUGCCAAAAAUUUAUGGAAAAGAAAAUGCAGUAAAAUUGGUUAAAGGAAAAAAAGAUUCUGUAAUUUUUGUACAUAUAAACGGAAAAAUUACUAAAGAAGGCAAGUUUUAG